AUGCCAGACACCCGCGUUGUAUCAAAGACGACACAAAUUCUAUCACCAUCACUAAUCUUGCCUUCUACAGUUCUUUUUAUGUUGCAAGUUUUAACAUCGGAUAAACCUCAUUUUAAAAAGCUUUAUAAAAUUACCGUCCAACAGUCCAAAUAUCUUAUGCAGAAAUCGGCUCUUUUUGAUAAAUUGUCCACUCAGUUUGCUCAACUGUCUUCGAAUACUUCUUUGAAUUCUGAUACAAUCGAAGAAGCUAAUGGUUUACCAAUACUUUGUAUCGAAGCUCCGGUACAUGGGGGUUUAGAAAUUGUCGAUGCAUCUUUGGACUGGUUGUAUGCCUCUGCUGACAUAAAAGACGUUUUAACUUCUUCGCUAGCAUCGAAGAUUAGAACCUAUCAAGAUUUCUUUUCAUUGUUAAACUUCACUACUUUAUUGGAUCUUUAUGAACCAUUUCGUGGUGCUGUGGAUCAAAUCUUGGUAUAUUACUAUUUUGGAUUGUCAGUGGAAGAAAGACGUGUUGGUAUCUUGUCUAAUAAGAUGUUUGUUGAGGGUAUAAUCCCCGGAAAUUUUGUAAAAAGACUUGCUGAAUCAGUUAAUGAAGAUACAGCAAAAGAAAUUUUGAUCUCUUUCUUUAGAGGAAAACAAUUAAAAUCAUUAAAUGGUAUGAAUGAAGAUGAAGAAUGGGAAGAAUUAUCCCUCGAUGAUGAUAUGGGUAAUGAAUCUCCAACCAAACGGGCAAAUACUUUGGAUUGGAUAAAUUCCACAAUUACACCAACUCCUCUUCAUGUCUCAUUUUCCGUUCCCAAUACACCUUUGACUGCGUCUUUGGAUCAUGCGGAACCGCCGACUCCAUUAGGGUCUGCAUACUUUCGUUCCCUACCGAAUAUUCCAUUAGAUUCUAUUCCCAGUUCACUUCUUCAUACCCCAAAGAGCGUUAAAUUUAAACAGAUACCGUACAUACCGACAUCAGAUUCAGCUUGCAUUGUACAAAAUGUUCCACCAAAUACUCCUAGUUUUCUGAUGACACCCUCUAUAGUUUCAACUCGUAAUGGCCUUUUGUCUCCACCCACACGAAACAAACCAACAAUACAAGAAAAUCAUGACACAAUUAUGAGUCCUACUUUGGCAAGUUCACCAAAAGUAAAAACACCUACGACACCUACAAUUGUCAUUAUGGAUUCAGACUUGCAGAUCGAAAAUUUUGAAAAAAAAGAAUAUUCAUUUAUUCGUCGUGAAUUAUUUGAAAAUGCAUUAAACAAGAUGCGUAGACGACCUUUGUAUUUUAAAUAA